AAACCAGAAUGUCCAUAUUUUAUUUUAAUUGAGAUGAAAAUGGGAAAAAAGGAGGGGACGUUUGGGGUGCGAGAAAAGAGGAGGAAAAUGGGCGAGGUAUCUGAAACGAUGACGAAGAGGAAGAAGAAGGGGCGCCCAUCUCUAUUAGAUCUUCAAAAGCGCACUCUUAAAAAACAACAGCAACAUCAACAACAGCAAUUGCAGCUACCGAACCCGAAAUUAAUCAAUUCACAUUCUGACCUAAACCGUCGCUCCACCCGCCGAAACUCCGUUCUUGGUUUAAGGCACGCGUCUGAGGAGGGGAUUGCUGCCGAUGACGAUGACGAUGACGAUGAGCGCAAAGAGAAGAAGCAUAAGCUCUUGGUUGGUUUGAAUUCUCAUCAUCAUUAUUCAACAUUAUCGCCGUUUAGUUCUGAUCCGCACGGCACAAACUCGAACGAGGACGGUCACGAUCCGGAGGAUCUCCGCAAGAGACGCAAGAUCAAUGUCACCUAUCACGGAUCAGAUGAAACGAAUGAAAAGGUUCCGGAAGCGACGGACAGUAAACAUGGUUCGCAGGGGGAGUCCGGUCCCACUACACCUUUGCCAGACAAAAAGCUCUUGGUGUUUAUACUUGAUAGGCUUCAAAAAAAAGAUAGCCACGGAGUGUUCUCAGAGCCUGUGGAUCCAGAGGAGCUUCCUGAUUAUCAUGAUAUCAUUGAACACCCGAUGGAUUUUGCAACGGUGAGGAAGAAAUUGGAUGGGGGAGUCUAUAACAAUUUAGAACAAUUUGAGAAAGAUGUAUUAUUGAUAUGCUCAAAUGCAAUGCAAUACAAUGCACCAGAUACUAUUUACCAUCGUCAGGCCCGAGCAAUGCAAGAGUUGGCAAGGAAGGACUUUGCCAAUCUCAGGCAGGAUAGUGAUGAUAGCGAACCCCAGCCCAAAACUGUGAGAAGAGGCAGGCCACCAGGCAAGAACUCAAGAAAGUCAUUGGGGAUGUCUCCCUCUGAACGUGUUGCUCCUGAUUCUUCCUCAGAUGUAACACUUGCUUCAGGGGGAGAUAAUGCCAGUGGCCCAAACAGUUAUAAUUUGAGAAAAGGAAUAGGUAAGUUCCAGCCUGCAGAUUCAUUAAUCAGGACUCCACACAGCACCUUAAACGGUGCAGGAUAUACUAAUUGGGUGUCUGAAUGGGAUAAUGAAUUUCCAGCUUCUGUUUUAAAAGCUGUUUUAAGAUAUGGAAAGAAGCAAUUCAUGGUUGAUGAGACCAAGCGUGACACGUACAAGCAUCCAGUGGCUACUGAGAAUGAUCCUCCAGUGCUGGCUACAAUUGAAGAAUUCAAGCAACUAAUUGCGGUGGGUUUAAAUGUGAAGCAUAGCUAUACAAGAAGCCUGGCCCAUUUUGCUGCUGAUCUUGGUCCGGUUGUUUGGAAGAUUGCUGCAAGGAAAAUCAGCAGUGUUUUACCAGUAGGACAAGAAUUUGGUCCUGGAUGGGUAGGAGAAGCUGAGGUGUCACAGAAACAACAGUUCGCAAUUUAUGAUAAGGAUAGAUCUUCCGACGCUUUUGUACCAGAUGAUUGUUCAAGUAGAUUUCCUCCUCCAUCUGGCUCAUUUUCUGUUGCGAAUAAGUCAUGCUUACAAAGCGGAGACAUGAAAUUUAUCAGAGGAUUGAAUUCCCAAAAUGAGUUUAAUUCAGUUAACAGUGUUGAUUUUGGCAUUGAAUAUGUGGUUCCUUCAAGGAUUCAGCAGGAACCUGUUGUUCACUCUGACGAGUUUUUUGGUUCAAGUGAUAGGCUAGGUCCUAUUUUUUCGCCUCAAAUGAGGAUGGUAAAGCUUUCUGAGUUAACUGGGCUGCCCAGUUCGGGUAAUGAUCCUCAAAUGAUUGACAAGGAUAUAACAGGCAACUUCUCUGCCUGCUUGACGCCUUCAAAUAGGAGUUCACCUGUAAGGUCCCAAAUCUCAAACGACUUUGGUCAAUCAGAUUCCGGUAAUAUAUUGGUCCAGGAAUCUGGCUCUGAUUUUCAGAAAGGGCUUGCUGUUAAACCAUCUUGGCAAGAAUUAUCAAUUCCUGCGAAGCACAAUACUUUGUCAAUUGCUGAUGACUUAAGUAGGAAGAAUGGAGCAACAAAUGCACCUAGUUCCAGUGUGUAUGCCGGUUCUCAUCUGCAGCCAAAUUUGGCACUCCAGCUUUGACGGUGGACUAUUUAUUCUUACUCGUUCCAUCGAGGUUUUGAAGCUUCAUGAAACAGAAUGAAGGAUUGGACCAUUUUAAACAUUUGACUUCGGAUUGAGAUGGGCUCUAAGACGGUGGCUGUAAUUGGUGGUUGUAUUGUAACUUCCAGUUCUCUAGACAUUUGUAUAGUUACGGCAUUCAACACUAAAGCAUCAUUAUUUUCACGCUAUUCAAAUGAAUUUAUGGCUUCCAAGAUUAUCACGAAAGGUUCAUAGUUUUAGGUAGAUAUCUUGUGAACUUUAGAUCAUUGGAAAACUUCAUGAGAAUGCGAGUUCAGCCUCUUUGCUAUGCUCUCCCCAGGUUCCUGAUGAUGCUAAAAUCGGGAAUUUCUUUAGAAAAUUGUAAUUUCACAUUCGUUAUUAUCAUUAUCAUUGUUAUUAUUACAA